UUAAGGAAACUGAAGAAUUAGCAAGAAAAAUCUGUUUUAUUCGUGAAACACAUUAUGAGUUUGAUGGAGAAGGCGGUUCUUCAUUGUUAGUGGACGGUUUUCAUGUAGCUCGUCAGUUAAAAAUGAAAUCACCCAUUGCCUACAAAACUCUUUCUACUAUUGCAAUUCCAACUCACUCUGCAGGAGAUCAAAAUACUUUAAUUCAACCAACUCCUAGCGCAUAUCCAAUUUUAAAUCAUGAUCCUUUGUUGAACGAUUCUCUUUAUCAAAUCCGUUAUAAUAAUGAUGAUCGAUCGACAAUGAAUAAUUUGGAACCUGAUCAAGUUUUGGAAUUUUACGAUGCUCUAAGAAAAUGGAAUAGUUUAUUAAAAGAUGAAAGUAAUGAAUAUUGGUUUCAAUUAAAGCCAGGAAGAGUUGUUAUCUUUGAUAAUUGGAGAGUAUUGCAUGGUAGAGAUAAAUUUAGUGGGCAUAGAAGAUUGAUUGGAUGUUAUCUGAAUUGGGAUGAUUAUCAAAGUAGAUUAAAGACUUCACUUUUAAGUCAAGAAGAGAUUAUAGAAAGUUUGUAA